AUUCGUUUUUCACGUACGUAGCCACAUGUAGUAGCUGCUGUUAAACGUGUGUAACAAGAACGUAAACAUUGCUAUCUUGCUGACGUAGCAGACAAGGUCGAGUUAUUCGGAACAGAGCCAGAGAUUGACAAACUACUGCCAAGAAUGGACCAUUUACCAGAAAUUAUCCAAGAACUGAUCAAUAAGAGCAAUGAGGCCAAGAACAAUGCCUUCUGUCCUUACAGUAAUUUCCGAGUCGGAGCUGCUCUCUUAACAGACGAUGGAAAGAUUAUUCAAGGAUGCAAUGUAGAGAAUGCCUCGUACACUCUUGGAAUCUGUGCUGAGCGAUGUGCAAUCUUCAAGGCGGUGUCGGAAGGCUACAGACACUUCAAGGCUAUUGCCAUCUCAACAGAUGUUGAGCAGUUGUAUUCAACACCUUGUGGAGCAUGCAGACAGAUCAUGUAUGAGUUUGGCUCAGACAUGGACGUCUACAUGACCCGACCUGAUCUUACCUACAUGAAGAAGACCCCAAGAGACAUUCUGAUUCACCCCUUUGGUCCCGAGGAGCUGCGGAUGCUGAAGGUCGGAAAGAUACCGGACAUGGAAGGUGACCCCAAUGGUGGUCCUAACGGUGACCUCAAUGACAACAAAAUGGUGGAUGGUAGCGGCGACGCACCACCUCUCAAGAAACUCAAAGAGGACAUGGCUAUUCCGACCCAGUGAAAAUCUUCCAGAUGUUCCCACAUGGCUGAACAACCCUAGUCUAGCAAUCAUUUCCGUAGGAAGGCCACCUGCCAUGCAGGCUCAGUGAAAAUUUUCCAUACAAUCCCACAUGGCUCAACAAAUCUUGUGGUAGCAAUCACCUGUGUAGAAAGAUCAUCUGCUAUUCAUAUUCGGUGAUAAUCUUCCAGUCAUUUCUGCAAAGCCCAAGAAACCCACUUUCCGCAAGCACCUGUCAAAAAAGACCACCUGCCUGUAAAGACCUUAUAUCGUAGUCUUUGUAGUCAGGUUUCAUGCUUCUAGGACAAAUCCUCUGGUUUCCUCUCUUUAAAAAAAAAAUGCUCCUCCAAAAGUUGUCUUCCGGGAGCACUGUCAUUUCGAGAAGCUUUUCAGCUGGUAAUCAAAUCCAGAUUCUUUAAAAUACCUAAGAGCUCCAGUAGAAGGGUCUGAAUCAAACCAUUAUGAUAAUACCAGACAGUCCAGAAUGUUUAUAUGCUUCUUGGACAAAUCCUCUGGUUUCCUCUCUUUUCGAAAAGUGCUCCUUCAAAGAGUUGUCUUCCAGGGGCAAUGUCAUUUCGAGAGCUUUUCAGCUGGUAAUCAAAUCCAGAUUCUUUAAAAUGCUGAAGAGCUCUAGUAGAAGUGUGUUGAUCAAACCAUUAUGAUAAUACCAGACAGUCCAGAAUGGUUAUAUGUUUCUUGGACAAAUCCUCUGGUUUCCUUUCUUUUCGAAAAGUGCUCCUCCAAAGAGUUGUCUUCCGGGAGCACUGUCAUUUCGAGAAGCUUUUCAGCUGGUAAUCAAAUCCAGAUUCUUUAAAAUACCUAAGAGCUCCAGUAGAAGGGUCUGAAUCAAACCAUUAUGAUAAUACCAGACAGUCCAGAAUGUUUAUAUGCUUCUUGGACAAAUCCUCUGGUUUCCUCUCUUUUCGAAAAGUGCUCCUUCAAAGAGUUGUCCUCCAGGGGCAAUGUCAUUUCGAGAGCUUUUCAGCUGGUAAUCAAAUCCAGAUUCUUUAAAAUGCUGAAGAGCUCUAGUAGAAGGGUGUUGAUCAAACCAUUAUGAUAAUACCAGACAGUCCAGAAUGGUUAUAUGCUUCUUGGACAAAUCCUCUGGUUUCCUUUCUUUUCGAAAAGUGCUCCUUCAAAGAGUUGUCUUCCAGGGGCACUGUGCAUUUUAGGAGCUUCUCAACUGGUAAUCAGAUGCAGAGCCUUUAAAAUGCUUAAGAGCUCUAUUAGAAGGACCUUGAUCAAUACAGUAUAAAAAUACUGGAAAGUCCAGAUGGCCAUUUUAUAAUGCUGUUUGUGAAUUAAGAGCAACUUUAAGAAUGACAGGUGAACCUUUCUUACAUGCUAAAUAAUCAUUAUAAUGGUGGAUAUCAUUUACCCCAAGAAAUGAUCACCAGUCGUUUGUUCUUAAAGUCAAUCUUAACUUUGUGAAACGGCCACGUGGGGGGUUUUCCACAAAGAGUUAAGUGUGACUUAUAGUAAUGCUUAGCGUCAGUGUGCUCAUGUUAUUUAACGCAUUAUAUGAUUGAUGAGUACACUGUAGCGCUCAUGAUCUGCCCAAAGCGGUGAUGCAAGAAACAUUCUGCAGUAUGCAGUCAUGAUUAAUAUCAUUAGUGGUAUUAGGUCAAAAUGAUUUCACAUACCGGUAGUCCUCAUGUGGAGUAGCGUCGAUAUAGUACUUCUUGUAGAGUAAUGUAAAAUUACCAUCCAGUUCCCUGUUUUCUUCCUAUGAAAUAUGUUUUGCCAAUGUUUUUUGUACAAAAAUAUGCCUUAGUAGACCAAAAAGAAGUAGAAAUCUUUCUAUUUAUUUGUUUUCAAUAUAUACAUGUAUUCAGAAUUCUUAUUAGCAACCAAUCUUUCACCACUUUUUUGUUUCAAUCUUUUAGUCUCUAAAGGACAACUGAGAUUGGUUAUCUAUUUCAUUAGCUAUGUCAUGCAUUUUAUCAUGUUAAGUUGUCAGACAACUGUUCACUUUUUUAUUUCAAUUUUUUAGUCUCUAAAGGACAACUGAGAUUGGUUAUCUAUUUCAUUUGCUAUGUCAUGCCUUUUAUCAUGUUUAGUUGUUAGACAACUGUUCACAUAGAAAACAAUAAUGUUGAUGAUAAAUGAAUGAAUGUUUUUAACAGAAAUAUGCGAUAUAUGUACUGUGGAUCUUUAUCAUUUAUAUACUGCCAUCUAUCUAGGUAAAUGAUGUAAUCUAUUCAUUAUUCAACCACGAUCUGAAGUAGAUGUCUCGUAAAUCUAGUUCAUCUGCAUUUCAUUGUUAUGUACCUGGUAGAUCUAUCACAAAAUUGUCUCUAUUAGUUGACAACAUUACAAGAAGUAGAAGUGUCGUCAUCUUAGCAUCUCUUAAUCCACUAAAAUACAAAAAACAGCAAAAUCUCAUUACUUUUUAGGAUUGCACAAUUACCAUCUUGUUUCUAUACUCAGUAAACAUAGCAUGAUUAGCUAACCGUAGCUUGCUUUGAUUUUGACAUAUUGACAUUUCAGAGCUUUCAAACUUUUUUUGUACUUUUCAUGGUAUUUGACAGUUAGAAAGUUGUAAAUAUUGGAGAGUAUAUUUUAUUGCCGGCUGCUACCAAGAAACUGAAAUAUUAUGUAACUGAUGCUUCAAGGCCAUGUAUACAUACUAUGUUCUGUUUAGAAUUUAUUGAUGAGCAAUGCAAUGGCACUAAAACAUUUCAAACAUAAUGGCCAGUAUUCUGAAGUCAGGUUAAACUU